CUCAUUUUUCCUUUUAGAUUUAACUUUAGCAAGCUGUCUUUGGAAGAUGAAAAAGAUGACAAGUCCCAAGAAGGGCUGAAUAAAGCGAGCAAGGGUGGACUCGUCUAUGGAGACUAUCUCCAACUGAACAAAAUAUUGAACGCUCAAGAACUCCAGAGUGAAAAGAAAGGAAACAAAAUCCAUGAUGAGCAUCUUUUUAUUGUGACACAUCAAGCUUAUGAACUUUGGUUUAAGCAGAUUCUAUGGGAAAUGGACUCUGUUCGGGUGAUCUUCGAAAAUGGCCAUGUGAGAGAUGAGCGGAACAUGCUGAAGGUUGUUACUCGAAUGCACAGGAUUUCCAUGAUUCUCAAACUACUUGUGGAACAGUUCUCUGUUUUGGAGACCAUGACUGCACUGGACUUCUUUGAUUUCAGGGAGUACCUCAGCCCAGCCUCGGGUUUCCAGAGCCUGCAGUUCCGCUUGCUGGAGAACAAGAUCGGCGUCCCGCAGAGCCUGCGCGUGCCCUACAACCGGCGGCACUACCGGGACAGCUUCAAGGGGCAGGACUACGAGCAGCUGCUGCGCUCGGAGCAGGAGCCAACGCUGCUGCAGCUCGUGGAGGCAUGGCUGGAAAGAACACCAGGACUUGAAGCAGAAGGAUUUGAUUUCUGGGGACAGUUUGAAGUGAAUGUUUUGAGAGGUCUGGAAGAGGAAUUUGCCCUGGUGCAGGCCAAACCAGAAUCAGAAGAAAAAGAUGACCUAUUAUUGGAACUCCAAAAACAGAAAGAUGUACUUCUUUCGUUAUUUGAUGAAAAACGCCAUGAACACCUUCUUAGUAAAGGAGAAAGAAGACUGUCUUAUAAAGCACUGAAGGGUGCCCUAAUGAUCUACUUCUACAGAGAAGAGCCUCGUUUCCAGGUUCCCUUUCAGCUUCUUACCUCUCUCAUGGAUAUUGACGUGCUCAUGACCAAAUGGAGGUAUAACCACGUGUGCAUGGUGCACAGGAUGAUCGGCAGCAAGGCCGGCACGGGCGGCUCCUCCGGCUACCACUACCUGCGCUCCACGGUGAGCGACAGAUACAAGGUGUUCGUGGAUCUGUUCAAUCUUUCAACGUUUCUAGUGCCAAGGCACUGGAUACCCAAGAUGAACCCAACAAUCCAUAAAUUCCUCUAUACAGCAGAAUAUUGCGACAGCUCCUAUUUCAGCAGCGACGACUCGGAUUAAAGCGCCUUUCCAGGCCGACUGCUCUAAAGAACUUCAGACCUAUUGCAGUGAUUGGUGCGCUCUCAAAUACAGCAACAGCUCUUGUACAGUGGGGGGGUGUAAAUAUGUAUUUAUAUAUGACAGCUCUGUGAAUAGUAUAA